GCUUAUUUAUUUCGAACCUGAAACUCGCAGCAGUAACCACGUGCUGUGGAUCGGUGCAGCGAGUAGUAAUUGAGUCAGUCGGUCUGUGUUCUCUGUUGCGAAUAAACGUCGAUCGGCGGACGCUAACGUCAGUUGAAAAGAGAAACAGAACGAACUGCGGUAAAAGACAGAGGGGAAGGAAGUUGAGAGAAAGGAAAAGAGAAGACGCGUAUCGUCGCGGACUCGCGUGAAACGAGGAUAAAAGAGCCGCGGUGUAGGAAGGAGGAGGAAUAAUAAAAAGCGGGAGGACUGAAUUGUAUGCGCAGUUCGACGAAUUCUUUUUUACAGAAUUACGAAUCGAACGUCGGUGCAUCGAACCUAUUCUAGUAGCUAGCACACGCGACAGCCGCUGGCGCUCGCGGGCUUAUCGAUUUUCCUUUAGGACAAUUUAAGGGGUGUCUACUACAAGUGUUGUUGUGCGUUUUACGGUCAAUUCGCUAUAGUCUCAGAAGCGAGCAGAGGAGAGAACCUCGUUCCUGUUUCACAAGCCUUCAACUUCUCUGUGAUACGCUUCGCCAGGAUCGCCCUUAUCGCUCUGUGAUCUGUGUUCUGUGAUAACGAUAUUUAUUAUCUUACGCGGGCACUUUUAGAUUUAAUCCAGCCGCCGCAGUGAAGGGUUAAUCGUGUAACGCGCGCAGUCGCGCGUCGACUUUCCUGUUUUAACAGCGAGGAGUCAGUCACCGUAACCGAUUUCGCAACGACGUAUCGAUUCGCCCACGCGUCGCAACGUAGAAGCCCACGCUAGACGCAGUCGUCAGGGAUCUAAUCGGCUGUAAAUCAGCGUGAAAGCGAGGAGAUAGACAACGGAAAGAGAGGGAGGGUAGAAGCUUGUUUGGAAGCGACUCGAAGAUUACAGAGACGAACACUCUGUUUAAUUAAAGCGAUUAACAAGACCGAUAACCGCCUUAGUUUCCGAUAAGGCUAGGGUCCGCGACUAGAAAAGGGGAGGAGGACAAACGAGAUCAAUCGGAGCAGCUGUCGUGUACCUGAGGCAGUCAGACGUCCGAUCCGAUUUUGAGAGGGACACGCUGCUAGAAAGCGAGGCGUCGAGCUUGAAUCGGAGUACGCCGAGCGGUCGAGAAGAAAGUAAGAAAGAAGUUUCUCGAAGCUUGGUUAUACCGCUGCCGACUGCUAUCAUUGGUGACUCUCCCGGGACGUUGGAGGGAGGUGUUCCUGGGUAAAAACGAGCCUGAUCGUCUUCGGCAUCUGGACAGCUGCUGAGCUACUCCUGAACCGCUGCCGUUCGCGUAGGUCACGGUCCUCGAGUGACGUAAUUUUGCAUAAAUUUCAGGAUCUGUAUAUCCGUCCGAAGGUCGUCGGUUAUUCCAAGCCGCGCUUUUACGAUUUCAAUUACGUUUCGUUAAAAACGACUGUAAAUAGCUCGAUCGAUUUCGCAUUCUCUUUUGUGGAACGGCCUUUGAACACAGAGGCCUUGAUUUUGAACUACGAUAAGAAAAUCUCAUUCAAUCGGCGCUACCGUUUUUUCAUACGAGAAAGGAGCUGCAAGAACGUUAGAUUCUGUGAAAGAAACCAGAGUGAAUUCAAUCGCCUUUUUUUAGCAACAGAGAAACGGUUAAUCGCCGUUCCGAUCGGAACAGUCUACUUCGGUUAAUUCUGAAACAAACGUUAAUCUUCGAUUAACAGCACUCGGUUUUACUGAUAACUGGCACAUAGGAUCAAAAGCGGAGGAAGGAAUCUAUCCGUACGAUAUCCCUCGCAUGACUGCGGAAGGGAAACACACGGCAACGAAAGGAAGAGAGAAGUUUCUGGAAGCGUGAUUCCCCGCCGCGCGUACUCUGCUCUAGACCCGUUCGAAAAGGAGAAGCGGGAGUAGACAGCAGGGAUAGAGGGAACGCGUCAGAGUGAGGUCAGGCACUCGAAGGGAAAGAGAGAAGCCGAUGGGAGAGCGUCACCUUUGAGAAAAAGACGAAAGGGAACCCGUAGGCACAUUGUAAUUUCGGGACCGAUUUAGAGGCUCCCGUACUCUAUUUAAGCCCUGAUCUAUAACAGAGGGGAAAAGGGAGAGCGAGAGAGAAAGCUACAGGAUUUGUAUAAGAAAAGAGGAGGUAGAACCUUAGGGAAAGGACAGGAUUGGUGCCCCGAGGCGAACUAAGGAAAAAACAGCAGUUGGGAAAAAGGCUGGCGAACGAAACGAAUAAGUCGCGCGGUGACGUUCAACGAGAACGAAAGGGAGGAAAGCAGACAGGGGAGAAAUAUUAAGCGCAAGAGUGUGUUACACCGUUGGUGUUAACAAUGGCCAAGGGAAAAUCAUUGACGGUCCCCGAGCGACGGAGUAACGACGUUUUCGACGAGGAAUCGAUCGCGGUGCGAUCACGAUGGCGAAAUCUCGCCGCUUUCUGGAUGCUCGGCCUCUGCAACAAUUACGGAUACGUCGUGAUGCUCAGCGCCGCUCACGAUAUCCUCGAGAGCAAAUUCGGAACGACGAAUUCUGGAGCGGAGUUCAAGAAUGAAACGGUGACGAUGACGAACAUCACCGGGGUCCGGUCGUGCAACACGUUGUCGACAGGCGCUAUACUGCUGGCGGACAUACUACCCUCGUUAGCGGUGAAAGUAAUCACACCGUUCCUGCCGUUUUACGUACAUGCUCGACUGGCUACCUGUGUGUUAUUUUCCGCUGCAGGAUUCCUCGUGGUGUCGUUGAGCACUACUGAAUGGCUCGCCAUUCUGGGCGUCGUUAUAACGUCACUCUCUUCCGGUUUGGGAGAAGUUACGCUGCUGAGUUACAGCCACCAGUAUCCCAAACAAGUAAUCGCGACAUGGUCUUCCGGUACAGGAGGCGCCGGAAUAAUUGGCGCUCUAUCAUAUGCCGCACUCACCACGUGGUUGAGCAACGAAGAUACAUUGUUACUUAUGUUAAUCGUACCGGUCAUACAAGCGAUCACUUUUUGGUUGAUUCUGGUUCACCCGCCGCACUCAAGUAUCCCGAUCACUAAGAACGGUAUCGACAGCCAAGAACACAUCAUCGAGGUUCCUAGGAAGAGCUUUAAAGAAAAGAUCAAUCUGGUACCGGGAUUGCUGAAGUACAUGAUCCCCCUCGGGCUCGUUUACCUCUUCGAAUAUUUCAUUAACCAAGGAUUGUAUGAAUUGAUCCAAUACGAUGGAAUUUGGCUGUCACACGCGGAGCAGUACCGAUGGCUCCAGGUGGACUAUCAGAUCGGCGUGUUUAUCUCAAGAUCGUCUGUGAACCUCGUUACGAUUAACAAAAUCUGGAUAAUGGCUGUUCUACAGUUUGUCAAUGUUAUAAUUCUGUUGUUCGAGACGUUGUUCUAUUACAUGCCGAGUAUUUGGAUCGUGUUCGCGCUUGUUUUGUGGGAAGGCCUCCUUGGUGGCGGAGCGUACGUGAAUACAUUCUAUCGAAUGUCCACGGAGAUCCCAAGGGCGGACCGGAAAAUUUCUUUAGGAAUCGCCACGAUGGCCGAUUCGAUCGGGAUCGCGUUGGCAGGCUGGUUGUCAAUGCCGGUUCACAACGCUAUUUGCAGAUUGCCACAACCGCAUCGAGUUGGCAGCUAGGAACGACAAAUAGAAAAUAGUAUUUUUGUUUCGACGAUCAUCCGAUAUAAGUGUAUUAUUUAUUACCAAAUUCUCUUUGAUAAGUCGUCCACGGUCUUGAUAACGCUGACAAUAGCGUCGGCUCGUCUGUCAUGAUUUCUAGCCAGUAUAGUAACAGUUAUUAUAGCGAUGUGCAAUUGAUACUGUGGCAAUUGAGCUUGAUACCUCGUUUGUGUUGACUUCGGUGCUACGCGAGUACCUAUUGAAACGUUGUUAGUAAAAAUGGAACAGGGAAAUAGUGAUCGAUGACUGCGGAGUUCUCGACUUUCCGUUGAACUCGAGCUAUAAAUGGUGCUGGGAACUUGCGGAUUGCAUGCUGUCGAAACAGACAUGUUCCUGAACCAGAAGAAUUUAAACUCGCUAGGCUCUAAGCUCUGAUCGUCCUGAGAUUUAUUUGGUACAAAUAUUUAAGAGACUAGGAACGGGAACUAUUUUACAAACAGAUUGCGUUCCGCUGUGCGUUGCUUCAAAAGAGAAACAAAACAAACUCGGAAGUACACGCUAUCGACAAAAAUUUUUUUUAAAAUAAAAAUUGCGUCGCGGCUGAGGCAUUUCUGUCUCGACCUAAGUCUUUACGUGCACGUAUGUACGUAACCGGGAUUUGUAUUGACACAAGUUCUCUGGCUAUGAUUGCACGUAUACAUGCGUUCGACGAUAACUUCUUUAGUUGAUAAGUUUGUACUAUAUUAUUCAUUCAAUGAUGAGAACGGCACCAGUAUUUUUUUUAGUGAGCGCGUCGUAGUUGUAUUUUAUGAACGCAAAAAAGGGAGUUCGGUUUACGGCACUUUUCUUCUUUUUGCACAUUAUGCAAAUGCACGCUCGUGCCUUGUAGAAGUAACGUUUUGAAGCCGCCGGUGACAAGGAUACGUCUUUUAUUACAAUAGAAAACACCAUGUUCACAAUUGCCCAUGCCGUAGUGAUAACAAUGCGUUUUUCUAUGUAAGUUUCUUAGAGAGAGAAAAAUCAUUGUGCGUGCUUUUUGAUACCAAUUUUUGUUACCCGUAAAAGAAGAAAAUAAUGCAUCGAUCUUUAUAUUUCAAGCAAAAUGCCAAACAUUCCUCGUCAAAAUCACAAUUGGAACAUGCGCAAUUAUUAAUUAGAAUAAUCGAGUUAGGAGAAUAAGGAGGACCGGAAAUUUUCGCGAACGUUUAAUCGUCUCCGUGAGAGAAAAGUAAUUCGAUUUUUCGUUUUCUAAUAAAAUAAUUCGCCUUUUCCUAAAUACGUCUUGUAUAUGUGAUAUACCGAUAAUACUGCUUCCUACAUUUAUUGAAAUAUAAAUAUAUUUAUACUCGAAAUAUUAUAUUGUUUAUAUGUUUCACAUAUAUUUGUCGUCGUGGAAUUGAAACUGCCCGUUACGUGUCGCGGGGUUCACGAUUCCCUCAAUUUUAGUUUCUUGUAUUUUAUUUUUCGUUCUUUUGUUUUUAUUAAAGAAAAAAACAACGAAUAGUGGAGAUGCGUGGAAUACAAACGAAAAUUGGAAUUGAAUUGUUUAAAAUAUUGUAAUAUUUUGUUGUGAGUAAUAAAAUUUUUAAAUAAA